UCUGCCUUGUGCCGUCUGAGGAGCUUCGAGCAGCUGAAUCGAAAUUUUCGCCCGCGCCAAUCCUGCUUCCACGAUGCCGCUUGUGCGCCCACAUCCACAACCGGCAACGACCGCUUCACCCACCUCUUCUAUAUCCAAAACCCAAGUACCCCCAUUCGCAUCAUGCAAAUUCCCCGAGUUCACAGAUGAAAAGUCACAAUGGUACCAGAUCACCAGCCCGCAUCACUACACCAAUUUCGACAUCUGUGCAGAUUGUUACAACACGUCGCUGCAGCCCACUAAUUAUGCUCGUUUUAUAUCCCCUGCGCCUCCUAAACCAGAGGGGAUGAGCACCCGCUGCGACUUCUCUGAUCUCUGGGUCCGCAUAGCGUGGGCAUGGCUCUUUACCCAUAAUUACCUUGACCUCACACUGCUCGGCACUAUUGCAGAGAUAGAAGAUCCAGAGGGCUCGUGUCCGAACUUAGACAGGCAGAACGAGGAUGUUCAGAGAGGCGGCAAGUCCAGUGCCACACGGACGUGGUAUUCCCUGCAAGACACGUUAACUGGAAACCCGAUCGAAGACCUCACGGUUUGCUCCCACUGUAUUCGCCACAUCAACACGAUCACCCCCAAUCUUCAAGGCAUAUUUUUGCCUGCAGCCAGCGGUCAGCGGCUCCUCGGGACAUGCGAUCUAAUGGUACCAUCUCACGACCGGACCCUCGCGUACCUCGACCAAAUCCUCGAAGUCGCUGAGAAGACCCUGACAUCCGGAUACAGAGACAUCCAGCCCCUAACCGCCUACAUCAAACUCUGGGCACCGGUCCCUCCCUGCCCGAAGGACAAAAAGAUCCCCGGUCAAAAAUGCUACAAUAUACCAUCCCGCGUCCCAGAAUUUACCAUCUGCGAAGAGUGCCACAUCACGCACAUCCGGCCCCUCCUAACCCGCACACCUUCCCAUCUCUUUCUUACACAACUCUCCUCCAUGCCUUCUGUUCCCCUGGUAGGAUUUACAUGCCAACUAUACUCACCGCGACUACAGCAGUAUUUCAGCGACGCGUUGUCCACAAACGAUCUCGCAACUCUCCGGCAAAAGCUACAGCAGCGGGACGCCAAAUUCAGGGAACUUAAGCAGAAGAUUGAGUUGUUGAGGAUGCAGUAUGAGCAGCAGAAAAUGCAGGCCAAGUUUCAUAUGGAGAUGAUGGUGAUUAAUCAGCAGAGUGCUAUGAGCCAGAGCCUUGCGAGUCAGAUUGCGAGUAUGGGGCAUUCGACGUAUUAUUCGCCGUCGGUGAUCCCCGAUUUCCGUGCCUCAGACGCGCAGAUGAACCAAGCGGGACAAGCAGAGAUGCAAGCAAAUAUGACGAUGACGAAUAUGCAAAUGGUAGAGAAGGAGUGGGCAGAUUUCUGGGAAUGAGAGUUUAUCUGUCUGCGUGUAAAAGUAUGCGCGAGAUUAUGGGAAGGAGUGGGAGAGUUCGGGGUGGCGGUUGGGAAGUAGGUAGAGAUUGGGAGUCUGAGCUAGGGUAUGGAUGUGGGGACGGGGUCGAAGCAGGCCGAUCCUAGCUGUUCAAUUUGUCGUGGAUUUGGCUACACUGAGCGACAAGUCACAGAAAAUGUGCCUUAUACAUGUUCUCAGUGCGGCGGGCAUGGACGUGUGGCGGUGCCUAAUAGUCGUACGGGUCGUACAACUUCUUGUCUUUAUUGUGAUGGAUCAGGAACGCGCCUGCAUUUAAGAACAUUUAUAAGAAAGUCACCCUGCGACUGCCUACGUUAAUAGGGAGACAGGAAAGGUUGCU